AGGAGACAUUAUAUAGUGAGAAAGUGAGAGAUCUGUUAUCAGGAGGCAUUUAAUUAAGAGGUGCUCCCAAUCGUACAAGCAUACUUUCAAGCAAAAUUUGCAGGAAAAAGGGAGUUGACAACUUCAAAAAAUAAGAUGGCCAGUCCUGCUUUUACUCACUCAAGACUUGCAUGCGAAGAGUUGAUCAUUGACGUUCCACAAGUCAUGGAGCCUCUCGAGUGGCCAGAGUGUUGCAUCUACAGGGUCCCCAAGCUCCUUCGCAAGGUAAAUAGAGAAGCCUACACUCCAAAGCUAAUUUCCAUAGGUCCUCUUCAUCACGGCAAGAAAGAUCUCAAGGACAUGGAAACGCUGAAACUUAGAUACUUCAAGGACUUCUGCUUCCGGACUGGGAAGUGCCAGAAGGAACUUGCAAGUAUCAUUGAAGACAACGAAAUCAAUAUCCGCCAUUGUUAUGCAGAGGCCUCUAGACUCAGCAGUAAAGAGUUCGUUCGCAUGAUUCUGCUGGAUGGUAUCUUUAUCAUUGAGCUCUUCUUGAGAAAAUCUGAGAAAUAUAAAGGCGAUUUUAUAUUAAGUAAACCAUUGCUAACCAAUCAUAUAAUGGAGGACUUGAUAUUACUUGAGAAUCAACUUCCAUUUUUUAUUCUGACGGAAUUACAUGGUCUCUUUUCCCCGUCUGUCCCAGAUCUAGACAAAAGUACUUACUUUCUCAAGCUUGCUUGUCAAUGCUUGCACCUCGAUCAAAACAUACCCAGCACUACGAAGGAAGUAAAACAUUUCACUGAUUUGCUGAGAACAUUUUACUGUCCUUCAAAUCUGGACGGCGAAAGGAAAGUAUCCGGGACUACUUCUCUUCUAUAUAGUGCAACAAAGCUGGACCAGGCGGGAGUCGAAUUCAAGCUUAAGGCAGGACCGGAAAAUAGACGCUUACUUGAUAUAGAAUUCAAGAAGCUUUGCUGCUUGAACUAUUUUCCUUGCUUUAGUUGCUCAUGGCUCUUGGCUUGCUUACCAUGCUUGAAAUGCUUUCCGUUCUUGGUAAAGGUGCAGCCAUUAUUGGAAGUCCCAAACUUUGUGGUAGACGAUGGAGCUGAAUGCCUUUACCGAAACCUCAUGGCACUGGAGCAGUGUCAUUACCCAUCUGAAGCUUACAUCUGCGGUUAUAUCGCACUUUGGGAUGCUCUUAUCAACAAUGAGAAAGACGUGGAUUUGCUUGUUGACAGAAAGGUUAUUGUGAACGCACUAGGUAGCAAUGAAGCAGUUGCGACCCUGGUUAACAACCUUGGUCAACAAAUAGCGGAGAAUGAUUCCUAUUUCCAUGUUCUUGCUAAAAAGCUUAAUGCGCACUACGACAAUUUCUGGAACCGGCAUAUGGCAUCUUUGACUAGUGUGUAUUUCCCUGAUAUUUGGAGAGGCACUGCAACUGUUGUUGGUCUUAUUGUCCUAGGAUUCACUCUCUGGGAUUUCAUUAGCCCCCCCUCAAAGGAGUAAGAGUUCUAUUCGACUGCUUAAUUUGUUAGAAUAUAUUUCCUAUAGUGGCUUUAUAUAUUCCUUAUUGAAUUAUUCUCCGUAUAUAUAAUUGUGAUUGUAAUAAAAUUCCUGUAAUUUGAUUAC